AAGCCAACGCACAGGUGAGUCUCACUCAAACUCUCGCUUUCGUUGAUCCAGUUCGAAUAUAAAAAAAGAAUUUAUAUAAAAUGUUCAAGUUCCUACCUUUGUUCGUCCUGGCUGUGCUGGCUGUCGCCCAGGCCCUGCCCGUUACCGAGAAAGAGGAAGUCGUGCCCAUUCUGAGCUCGGAGGUCAGCAAAAGCGAGGAUGGUUCCUAUAGGUCCUCCUACGAGUCUGGCGAUGGCACCAAACGCGAAGAGGUGGCGACCCUGGUGGAUGCCGGCACCGAAGACGAGGCACUCGAGGUCAAGGGCUCCUACAAGUACCUGAAUGAGUUCGGCGAAACCGUUGAGGUCUUCUACACAGCGGGCCGGAAUGGCUUUGUGCCCUAUGGCUCCAUCAUUAAUCCCGAUAUCACGGCCGUGGCUGAGGCAGCCAAGGAUUUGCCCAACAACGUUGACACUGAAUUGGAGUCGAAGGUGAAAUAUAGCCAGUGAAUUAGUUAUGUAACAUAAUAAAGAUGCCAAUAAAAUUUAACACGAAAAACAUCAAA